AAGUACCUGAGCGGAUGUCGACGAGGGAAUAAUAGCAGCAGCAGCAGCAGCAGGAGAAGCCUCCUCCUCCUCCGCCUCCGAGGGGCUCGACCGGAGUCCCCCGCCCUCCGCCAUGUCGGACUUCGACAACAACCCCUUCGCGGACCCGGACCUCAACAACCCCUUCAAGGAUCCUUCGGUUACACAAGUGACAAGAAACGUACCUCCUGGAUUAGAUGAGUACAACCCUUUCUCGGAUUCCAGAACACCACAACCAGGAAGUGUAAAAAUCCCCAAUGUGCCCAGUACACAGCCAGCUAUAAUGAAACCCACCGAGGAACCACCUGCUUAUACACAAAUCGCAAAGGAACAUGCUUUGGCCCAGGCUGAACUACUUAAGCGCCAGGAAGAAUUAGAAAGGAAAGCAGCUGAACUAGAUCGUAGGGAAAGAGAAAUGCAGAGUCUCAACCAGCAGGGAGGAAGAAAGAACAAUUGGCCUCCACUACCUGGAAAUUUCCCAGUGGGUCCGUGUUUUUACCAGGAUUUCUCUGUAGACAUCCCUGUAGAGUUUCAGAAGACAGUAAAGAUUAUGUAUUACUUGUGGAUGUUCCAUGCAGUGACAUUGUUUCUUAACAUCUUUGGAUGUCUGGCCUGGUUCUGCCUUGAUCCCAAGCGCGGAGUGGAUUUUGGAUUGAGUAUUCUCUGGUUCUUGCUUUUUACUCCUUGUUCAUUUGUCUGCUGGUACAGACCACUUUAUGGAGCCUUCAGAAGUGACAGUUCCUUUAGAUUCUUUGUUUUCUUCUUUGUGUACAUUUGUCAGUUCGCUGUACAUGUACUUCAGGCGGCAGGAUUCCAAGGAUGGGGCAAUUGUGGAUGGAUUUCAUCUCUCACUGGGCUUAACCUUAGUAUCCCAGUAGGCAUCAUGAUGAUAAUCAUAGCAGCACUUUUCACAGCAUCUGCAGUAAUCUCACUAGUUAUGUUUAAAAAGGUGCAUGGUUUAUAUCGCACAACUGGAGCAAGUUUUGAGAAAGCGCAACAAGAAUUUGCAACAGGCGUGAUGUCCAACAAAACUGUACAAACUGCGGCAGCCAAUGCAGCAUCAACAGCAGCUACUAGUGCAGCUCAAAAUGCUUUUAAGGGUAACCAAAUGUAGAGAAAAGGAGAUGAAAAAUACUACAACUUUCUGGCUGUAUUUUAUUUUUCAGUCACUUAUAUUCCCUGAAGACUUGUGUUAAAAAUGCACACAGCAUGUAUGUCUCUUGAGCUGUGCAUGAGCUAAAACAGGAAAAGGUCCUUGUUUCAUUCCUUUAUGACAUAUUUAUUUGUAAGUAUUUUCUGGCUACUACUCUUAACAUAAAAUGUUAUAUUAUUCUCCAAAUUUUUUGGAGGCACUCUAUAUUGGUGAAAAUUUCAACUGUGGAUCUGAAAAAGAUAUGGCAGCUCUUGGGGACAAUUUAAUUGGAAUUUAGGCAUUUUCUUGAAAGUUCUCUCCAGAACCAUUCACUUGACUAGACAAGCACUUUGGAUUAAAUCCCGUUGUUCCUAACAAUUUACUUCCCUAUAUUCUUACAUAAGAAACAGGGAGGCUGAAUUCUGAACAAGAAAUUUGGGCCUCUGCUGCUUUAUAGUUUUGGCAACUGAUGAAGAAGGGCAAAUGUAAGCUUAAAAUAAGUAUGAUAGAUAGUGUAAAUUCUUUUUUAGGAUAAUAAAUCUUUUGAUAAAAAUCUGAGUUUGCAUGAAACAGUUUUAACCAUGCUGAGCUAUUGUUUUGGUCCAGAUUUUGUCUCUGCCACUAUGGUAAUAGGGUGGGAAAUUUGUUUUUUCAUGGUGUAAGUUUGUUCUAACACAGAAAUAUUGGAACACAGAUACUUCACCAGGAGGUGAAGAGAAGAAAAUUACAUUGAAUUGAAGCUGAGUGAUUAUAUUUUAAUUUCAGUAUUCAUGAAUUUGAAAAACAUACUGUUAAAGAUACUUUUAAAAUCAUGGAUGUAGUGUGGAAUUCAGGGUAUUCAUUAAAAACAUACUUUUAACCAGUGUCUGGAACUCUCCCAUUGGUAGUACUUCUUGUCCUGUUAAAAUGCUGUGGCAUUUUUGGUUGUGCUUAAGAAUUCCAACAUUUUAAAAGUGUGCACUUGUGUUUAACAAUGGUACUGAAGUUUAGCCUUGUCAUUCACUCUGUUUACUGCUUCUCUAUUUUAUUUUUUAUUUAAAUUUUAAAAUUUUAAUCAUAAUCACAAGCCUAUUCAGGGUUUUAAAAAAAUGCAUUCAGUUAUGUACGUGAAAUCUUUUAACAUACUUCAGCCUUCAUAUGUAAUUUACUCUGAAUAAAUGCAUUGUAUCAAAUGCAAACUGAAAGAGUUUUCAGCACUGAUCAGCUGACAGUGGGAGUUGUACAGAGGGUGUUGGUGGUUUUUAAUUCAUCAUCAUAAUAUUCUGAGUCCCAGUUGCCUCUCAGUUUAAUGCAAUUUUUCUUUUCCCCCUACUUUUAACAUAAUUUUUCAGUUUAACAUAAUUUUUCCCAUCUCUUAUUUUGCCAUACAGCAUACAUAUGGUACAUAUCUUGGACUAACUUUUCAAACAAUAUUUCUUUUGUGAAGGGGACUUUUAAUUGUUAUGUGGUAGGUAAAAUUGUUGCAAGAUGGGUCCUACCUUUAUUUAAUUCAAUAUGAGCCAACAUUUACUUAGAAAAAUGGUAAUACAGUACAAUCUAAUUCCACAAUUGGGCCGUUCUCCCAUAUCUGCAAUUACAAAAUAAACAAUUAGAAAAGCUUCAUUGCGGUUAUGUUAGAAUGUAGAUGAUGUGGGAAUUAUAUUUUAUAAAUAAUUUUAAAUCUAUAUAUAACAUAGAGGGCAAGUAAAAUUGUGGAUGUAGCGUAAAAUUCAGGGUAUUUAUUUCUUGAUUAAUACGGUCAAUGUGUUGACUUUCAUCACUUAUGUACAUUUAUUGCAAUACAUCAGCAGCCCUAGAACAAUUUUGUUAACUCUUUAAAUUGUGUUGAGGAGGAAAACUAUUAACAUUUUGAAAAGGGUGGUUCUUGAAUAAUUUUUUUCUCAGGGGAUGAAGCAAAAUGAAACUUGAAAUAUAUAAAUGCAGAUCUCGUCUUCAGUACAGUAAUCUUGUUAGCCAUGAUGCCCCCCCCCCAAACUGAAAUUGUAAUGUAGAUAGCAUAUUAGAUUCUCAUAAACCUCUGGAAGUUACAGUAUCCAUAGCAUUUGAUCAGGUAGUAAAUUUUCACAUUGCCCCGAUUUCUGAUUUUUCAUGUGGCAGAAGGCUGUUGUAUGUUAAAUGUUGUAAGAAAUGGAUGGUAUGAAGGAACAUUAGUGAAAAGAUAAUAUGUCCAUUACUUGUCAUUUUGUAGUAUCCAGUUGUUGGAAGUUUAAUUCAGAUUGAGUUUCAACACUGGACUGUCAGUAUGUGGUCUAUAUAAUUUUGACAUUGAGGUUAUUUAUCUGAGAGAUAUCUGUAUAUUUGUAAAUUACUAACAAUGCUUUGCCAUCAUGGUGAAUGUCAUGGUUCUGUAGAAAUGCACACAGAUUUUCUGAUGUUGCAUGUCUGGGUAGUUCAAAGGUUCUGCAUAUUUAUUGUAUUAACUGAGUGACAUAGAAUAAAAAUGUUUCCUGAAUGUUUGCUCUGUAUAGUUUUAAAAAUAAGGAAAAGGUUUUUUUGUGUGUGUAAAUGGUGAGAUAAAAUGGAAGAGGGUUAAAAUGUACAGAAAAAUCAUGUUAUUUGCCCUGAUCCAGCUCUAGUCUUGUUUAGUUACACAGAAGCAGAGUAUGUAUGUUAUACAGUGCAAACAGACACCCAUAGUGGGAUGUUCAUCCAAACGAUCAUAUAGUAUCACCCAGUGGCAUUGUUUUACUUUACACUGAUGUGCAACUGAAUACACAUCACCAUCCAUGGCCUGGUCCUACUAAACACAUGUAAUUAUGCACUUGUAUACCUGGGUCAGGGACUUUUUUCUUGGUAAUCUGUAUAUAGAUUCUGUAACUUUCUGCAGUGGGAAACUCGUGUCAGUUGCCGGAACAGUUUAUUAGGACACUUAGUACGGGGUUGUUUUUAAGGAAACACCCAGUAAUAGAUGCAGUGUUUUGGUUCUGUGAUGUAAAUUGGAAGCUUUAAGAAGAGAAUGAUUUGUUAGUACUAAUGAAAUUUACAAGUAUUACAUUUGUCCAGGAAUUUGUUGGAAGUAAAAUUAAACCUCUGAAAAUGUCUGUUA